AUGAUCACUAGCAUUGUGGAUAUGUCAUUUAAAAACUCGUAUCACUUUAUCACUACUGGAUCUUAUACGCUUGUUCAUUUGGAUAUUAGAAAGGGUGUGCUGUCAACCAGUGAAGAGCAAAGCGAUGAGUUUUUAAGCGGGUGUAUAACUAGUGACAGGUACUCGGUGUUUGGCAUGUCUGAAGGUACAGUCACUGUUUGGGAUAACUCUCAUCUGGAUGAGAUCCAAAAAUCCGGUAUGACACUCAGUGAUCAAAGUAUUGACUGUGUUAUUGCCGGAGCUGAAGAAAACGAGGUCUUUGCUGGUGGUGCAGAUGGUCUUGUUUAUAAACUCAACGUCCAUUCCAGUAAAAAAGAGUCUAUAUGGACUCAUUCGAAGAAGGAAGAGGUAUCCAUGCUCGAGCUAGACAGUGAGUAUCGACUCGUGACUGCUGGCAUGGAAACAGUUAAAAUCUGGAGGAGUCCAGCCGAUCAGAGACAGCUGGAGGAAGCCGAAGAGGCUGAACAGGCAGCUACUUCAGCCGAGAAGGACAUCGAAAACUCAAACGACAGUGAGUCACAGAAGAAAAAUGACAGUGAUGAGGAGGAUGCCAAGCCGGCCCGCAAAAAAAGCAAAAAGGGUCAAGGCAAAGCCAAGAAGGCUCGCAAGUAUGUUCAUGGCAUUUCCAGUUUUGAAGGUCUGUAG